GAAUUCAGAUCUACUAUGUACAAUUUUGUGUCCUACAUAAAACACUUAGAAGGUGACAAUGAGGCAACCCUGGAAUGCUUGUAGCAAGCUGAAGUCUUAGACCAGUGAGAGGACACUGCCCAAGCAGAAAUCAGACGUAUGGUCACCUGGGGAAACUAUGCCUGGGUCUACUAUCACAUGGGCCAACUCUCAGAAGCUCAGACUUACAUUGACAAGGUAAAGCACAUCUGUGAGAAGUUUUCCAAUCCUUAUAGUAUUGACUGUCCUGAGUUUGACAGUGAAGAAGGAUGGACACGUCUGAAGUGUGGAAGGAAUGAAAGGGCUAAGAUGUGUUUUGAGAAGGCUCUGGAUGAGCAGCCCAACAACCCCGAAUUCUCCACUGGACUGGCCCUUGCCAUGUGCCACCUGGAUGACAAACCACAGAAGCAGUUUGCUGUUGAAGCUCUGAAGCAGGCCAUUGAGCUGAGUCCUGAGAACCAGUAUGUCAAAGUUCUCUUGGCCCUGAAACUACAGAAGAUGAAAGAAGAAAGGGAAGGGAAGCAAUUACUUGAAGAUGCCCUGUUGAAGGCUCCUCAUCAACCAGAUGUCCUGCGAAACGCAGCCACAUUUUAUAGAAGAGAGGGGAACCUUGACAAAGUUAUUGAGCUACUUCUGAGGGCAGUGGAAUGCUCAUCAAACAAUGGCCACUUCUAUUACCAGAUUAUGUGCUGCUUCAGGGAAAAAGUCAAACAAAUGCAGAAUACAGAAGAAUCUGAAGACACUGGAAAUAGAAGGAAGGUGGAAAAAGUAAGGAAACUGGUUCUAGACUACAUUAAGAAAGCUGGUGAGAAGAGGCUAAGUCCUAUGAAUGCACCCUUUGACCUCACUGAGUUCCUGGAGGCAGAAGAAUGUUAUCAGAGAGCAUCCAGUAAGGAGCUCCAAGCCUGCAGACAGUGUCUCCGUUCUGUAGAUUACAACCUUCAGGAAUAUCAGGGAAAGUCUGAAGACACUGCUUUUCAAAGUUGUUUAGAGAGUUUUCCAAUAAGCAAAACAUCACCUGAGAGGAAAGAAAUGAAAUGUCAACUGCAGAGCAAUGCUGAGAACCUUCUUCACCAAAAUGCUCCCAGUUCCUGGUACCUCCAAGGGUUAACUCACAAGCUGAGUGGAGAUGUGCUGCAAGCAGUGGAAUGUUAAGAGAAAGGACUGGACCAGCUAGUAAGGGACAUUCCUUCAGGCAUAGGCAGCUUCUUCCUGUCAGCAUCUGAGCCUGAUGAUGGCAGUGAGAAAAUAGGCCAGGAGGAAGGAGCUCCCACUGCUUGACCUGAUUUGGGGAGGAGGAAGGGAAACAGAGCAGCAGAAGGCCUGGAGCAGAAGUUGAGGGGGAAAGGAGUGGAAAUCCAGGGAACCAAAACCUGGGAUUGUUGACCAGAGUGUUCUUUCUCAUUGCAUCAAAGUACAUUUUGAAAGAAUUGUUUUCUCACUUAUUAUCUCCCCUGUUCACCCAGCCACACAGUUAUCUGGCCAGCAUUACUUCUCACUAAUCAGUAGUGCAAACAUGCUGCAGGCAUACAAGAUGCUGAUUAGUUUUCAGUUCACAUGCAGUUCAGCAUAUAAUCCCCAUUUCUGCCCUUGUUGCCAAGGUAACACAUGCUGACUGUCUACUAACAAAAAUCAUGCUUACU